UCCGGCGCAGUCCGGCAUGGUAGCGCGCUCGGAGCGCAUGCGCGCACCACAUCGACAUGUUACGACUUCGCGACACUAACGCUAUAUUAUAAUUAAGAAAAAAUAUUUACCUAAAUAAUAAUAUUUAAAUUAAUCUAAUGAUAUAAAUAAGCCAUUAUGGCAGGAACGGCUAGGAAGUUUGCAAGAAUAACGAAGUUCUUGCUCGCCGGCGUCACAGUCUUCUGCGUGAGUUGGAUCGCGUCUGUAAACGAGUGGCAUGCGAGUAUGCGCUGGAGUGAGAGACGUGCUGGGGUGGGCAGAGGACUGACCACUAUGAGGACCAUUGUUGCGUACUCUGAGGGCAAACAAGCCGAGAUGGACCGACCGUCACCUGUCACCUGCGACCGACUUCCUGAUUAUCCGGAAGUACCUUUUAUCAAUCGCACAUGGUCGCCGGGUGUUACCAAGCCGUCGUCAUGGCAACAAGUAGCCGGUACGCAAGUGUCACUAUACGCCGCGUAUUACGACCAGCGUACUACGCAACGCUACGUUAGGAUAUUGGCUUCCUUUCAUGGUCGUAAUUACUCUGCAGAAAAAACACUGUAUUGCCAGACUCGUUCAAAAUAUCCCUAUGAGAAUAACGUGGAAGUCGUCGCCGCAAAACCACUAGAGAUUUGGUGGUACGAAUGGGAUAUCAACUCUAUUGAGGUUGACACACCGCUGCUACUUUCAUGUUCUUUAACGGAACCUUUAAAUGGCCCUUCAAUUGUUUCCGUUGUUACUGAACCGUGUGACAAUCCUACGAAUGCUUUCCCUUUAGAGCCCGAAGAAAAUAGACAAGAAAAUCGCAACUUUACCAUAUGUGUCAAAGACAUGAACUUUGAUAAAGAUAUAUCACAAAGUUUAGUCGAAUGGGUGGAAACUAACAAAAUACUCGGUGUAGAUAUUAUUGACGUAUACGUCGAUAAAGUAAGUAAACAGACAGCAAAUGUUCUUCAACAUUAUCGAGAUGAAGGCUACAUUAGAUUAUUCGACGUUCCAGUUAGUAAUAAACCUGGAAGAUCUUUAUGGCAACGACGAAGAGAUCACAUUAUUACAUACAAUGACUGUUUAUACAGAAAUAUAAAAGACACGAUAUUUAUAGUUCCAUUAGAUGUCGACGAGAUUAUACUCCCAAAAAUCACAUAUACCUGGCCUGAACUGCUACAUCGAUUAAAGGAGUAUGGUUGGAACGAUAAAGAAUACUCCGCUAUCAUGAUACAAAACGUAUUUUUCUUCGACUUUAUGCAGAAAAUACAUAAGGUAAAUAACAAUGACGCCCACGAAAGAACGAAUCAGGUAUACGUAAAGCGUGAUGACGUUCGAAUUGACGACGUGGAAACUAUAGAUUUAGAUGAAUUAGAAUUAAUAGAUGAUAAUUAUAUUGCAAAUACAACGAUAGAAAACGCAAUUCUGCUUAAUAAGUACAAAUUAAGAUGUGGAAUGGACCUUCCCGAGCCUAAACUGUCGAGGCAUGUAGUAAGUUCAGCAGUUAUUAGUCCUAUAGGAUAUUAUAGUAAGAGUUUUAUGGUGACUAAGAAAGUGUUGACAGUAUUCAAUCAUUAUCCACUGGCAAGUCUCGGCGCGUCGAGGUUCACUGGAUGGUCAGCGCCCUUUAGCGAGGUCCAGCUCAAUCAUUAUAAGGAAUCGUGCAACAUGACGGUGGUGGUUGAGUGCGGGCGGUACGAGAGACGCGCGCGCGUCGACCGUGCCGCGCUGCGCCUGCGCACCAACCUCACGCGCGCCCUCGCCACUGCCAUCUGUAUACCAAUAAAUAAUACCUGAGUGCUGA